AAAAAAAAGAACACCUAUUAACCUAAAUCUGUCUUGUCUCUCUCCUCCGUCUAGCGCCCGACCUCAACACAUCUGUUGAGCAGCCGCCCAGAUAUCUCCCUCCGGAGUCCGAAACGUCCACUUUUUCUUUCCCAUUGUAGAGCCUCACUCUAUUGUUUUCUGCGAGUAAUCAACGGACCAUUUCUGCAUCUAAUGGCUUACAUUUCUGCGUCUAAACCCUAUCAAUGGACCACUAGGGUUUUUCCCGACAUUCCCAGAACCUCAAACCCUUCCACCCUCAAUCUCCUCCGCUUCUUCACCUCCACCGACGACUCAAUCUCCGCCGUCGAUCAGAAUCCAAACCCAGUUCCCGAUCCGGUCACGGCUUUCGACUCGCAACCCGAACCCGAUAACCCAAAUCCGGAAAAUGGGGAGCCGAAGGUCUACCAGAGAACCCCACGAGGUAAGCGUCCGAACCCAGAAAAGAUUGAGGAUGUUAUAUGUAGAAUGAUGGCAAGCCGGGCUUGGACGACCCGGUUACAGAACUCAAUCCGGGCUUUGGUGCCCGAAUUCGAUAACACACUUGUUUGGAAUGUGUUGCACGCUGCCAAGAACUUGGAGCACGCGCUCCAGUUCUUCCGAUGGGUCGAGCGGGCGGGCCUGGUCCACCACGACCGUGCUACCCAUUUGAAAAUGAUUGAGAUUUUGGGCCGAGCUUCGAAGCUCAACCACGCUAGGUGCAUACUAUUGGAUAUGCCGAAGAAGGGUGUGGAGUGGGACGAGGACUUGUUUGUUGUGCUGAUUGAGAGCUAUGGUAAAGGUGGGAUUGUUCAGGAGGCUGUUAAGAUUUUUCAGAAAAUGAAGGAGUUGGGUGUGGAGAGGAGUAUCAAGUCCUAUGAUGCUUUGUUUAAGGUGAUUUUGAGGCGGGGGCGGUAUAUGAUGGCGAAGAGGUAUUUCAAUGCGAUGUUGAAUGAAGGGAUUGAGCCUACUCGUCAUACCUUCAAUAUUAUGAUUUGGGGAUUCUUUUUGUCCUUAAGGCUGGAGACUGCGAAAAGGUUUUAUGAGGAUAUGAAGAGUAGAGGGAUUAUUCCGGAUGUGGUCACGUAUAAUACUAUGAUUAAUGGCUAUUAUCGGUUUAAGAUGAUGGAUGAGGCAGAGAAGUUGUUUACGGAGCUGAAGGGGAGGAACAUAGCUCCAACAGUUAUAAGUUAUACUACCAUGAUAAAAGGGUAUGUUUCGGUUGGGCGAGUUGAUGAUGGGUUGAGAAUGUUGGAUGAGAUGAAGUCUUUUGGUAUUAAGCCUAAUGCUGUCACGUACUCAACCUUGUUGCCUGGGCUUUGUGAUGGGGAGAAGAUGUCUGAAGCUCAAAUGAUGUUGAAAGAGAUGGUUGAGAGGCAUUUUGCUCCUAAGGAUAAUUCCAUCUUUAUGAAACUGUUAACAUGUCAGUGCAAGUCUGGUGACUUGGAUGCUGCAGCAGACGUGCUUAAGGCGAUGAUUCGGUUGAGCAUACCCACUGAGGCGGGUCAUUAUGGUGUCUUAAUCGAAAACUUUUGCAAGUCUGAGGUGUAUGAUCGGGCAGUUAAGUUGUUGGAUAAGCUUAUUGAGAAGGAAAUCAUCUUGAGGCCACAGAAUUCUUUGGAGAUGGAGCCUAGUGCUUAUAACCCAAUGAUUCAGUAUCUGUGCAACCAUGGGCAGACGGGUAAAGCAGAAACCUUGUUCCGGCAGUUGAUGAAAAAGGGUGUUCUGGACUCGGUUGCCUUUAAUAAUUUGAUAUGUGGGCAUUCCAAAGAAGGGAAUCCUGAUUCUGCUUUUGAAAUUCUAAAGAUCAUGGGUAGAAGAGGGGUUUCUAGAGAUGCAGAUUCGUUCAAAUUGCUUAUCAAGAGCUACUUGAACAAAGGCGAACCAGCUGAUGCUAAAACAGCUUUGGAUAGUAUGAUUGAAGCUGGGCAUCUUCCGGAUUCAUCCCUAUUCAGGUCAGUGAUUGAGCCCUUAUUUGAAGAUGGGAGGGUUCAAACGGCAAGCCGUGUGAUGAAGAGUAUGGUGGAGAAGGGGGUGAAGGAGAAUAUGGACUUGGUUGCUAAGAUCUUGGAAGCCCUCCUCAUGAGAGGUCAUGUUGAGGAAGCCCUCGGACGCAUUGAACUACUUAUGCAUAGUGGGUGCUCACCUGAUUUUGAUAGUCUUUUAUCUGUUCUUUGUGAGAAGGGGAAGACAAUUGCUGCUCUUAAGUUAUUGGAUUUUGCAUUGGAGAGAGACUUUACCAUAGACUUUUCAAGCUAUGAUAAGGUGUUGGACGCUCUCUUGGGAGCAGGGAAGACACUCAAUGCAUAUUCAAUAUUGUGUAAAGUAAUGGAGAAAGGAGGCGUUAACAAUUGGAGUAGUUGUGAGGACCUCAUCAGGAGUCUUAAUCAGGAGGGCAACACAAAGCAAGCAGAUAUCCUCUCUAGAAUGAUGAAAGGUGGGGAGAAAUCCCGCGUGAGCAAUAAAUGGAAACAAAAUGCUAAUGUUGCUGUCUGAUUUGCCGUCUCUCCAUUUUCCUUGUGUCGUUUUGAGAGGACCCCUUGGUCUUUGCAGUCAUAAUUUCGGUCAAGAUGACUUCCUACUUCCACAGCCUCCUACAGUUUGCAGAAUAUCAACGGAAAGACUUGCUUCCAAUUUUGAGCUCGAGUGCGAUGCUGUGAUGCUUAGGAAAUUAACUGGGAAGAAAACACAGCAAAGCAGAUGGCCAUUGCUUGAGCUGUAAUUGCCCUCGCCUGCAGGCUGCAGGUCAUUGAAUUAUGCCAAUGCGGAAUGUAGGAUGACAAUGCUAAUAAUGUAAUUUAAGAUUGAGAAAAUAAAUUUUGGUUAUUGUUACUA